CGCGAGCACUGUUAGACGUGGCAGUUCACAAGAGCCCCUCCUGGGCGGGGAGAGAGAGAAAGCGCUUGCGGCUGGAAGCCGGCUUUUCCUCGCUCCUCGGGGACAAGCGCCCGGUGGGACUCCAAUAAAAGCACCCCAGGACGAGAGCGCAGACGGGACCACGGGGGACCGGCCAGGCAUUUCUUUUUAAAAAUUGCUAAAAUGAAUCAGCAAGGAUAUGUUGCAACACCUCCGUAUUCUCAGUCCCAGCCAGGAAUAGGAGGGUUUUCUUCUGGCUUUGGACAGCCUGCUUCUUCACCUUUGUAUGGACACUAUGGAGAAUCAAGCCCAUCAUCCUCUGCACCUCCCUCAGCAAUGUUGAAAACAAAUGUGCCUUUUGGGUCUGCUGCUCCCAUUGGACCUCCACCUCAUAACACUCACCAGUUUAACCAGAUGACUCUCCAGAAUGGGCCCAGCACUGCAACACAACAGUCUCACAGGUUUCCGGCUCCUUUGACUUCUUAUCCCCCAUAUUGCCACCCAUCUCAGUCUUCCUAUCCAAACAGCCCACCCUCUUCAUCUACAGUACAGCUGGCGGGUCAGCUUGGCAAUAUGCAGAUAAAUAAUUAUGGUCCCAGUCCUGUCCCAAAUUCACCUCCUGGUGUGCCUUCUGGACAGUCACGGUCCUUUCAAGGUCCACCACCUCAACCACAUCAAGUAGCCUUACCAUCUGGCCCUCAGAUUUCUCCUCCACCAGCAAAUAACCUAAACAGUCACUGCUCUCCACCUUCACUCCCUCCAAUAGCCAGGCAAGAGGGGAUCCCUGGCUCAAGCCCAUUGAACACCAACUUGCCACCACAAUUUUCAGGCGAAGCCCCGGGUCCUGGUUUUCCUCCCCAGUAUGGGAACUAUGGCCCUCCAAUGGCAGGUGCACAGCUGUCCUAUCCAAGUGGCCUUCCUUCAGGUCCUGCACAACUGUCUGGACCACAGCAGAGGAAAUUGGAUCCUGAUUCCAUUCCAAGCCCAAUUCAAGUAAUUGAAAGUGACAGAGUUUCCAGAGGAGGUCAAGUCUAUGCUACCAACAUCAGAGGCCAAGUUCCUCCUCUGGUUACUACAGAUUGUGUGAUCCAAGAUCAAGGUAAUUCUAGCCCUCGUUACCUUCGGUGUACCACCUAUUGUUUUCCGUCGUCUUCAGACCUGGCAAAGCAGGCUCAAAUUCCAUUAGCUGCUAUCAUCAAGCCUUUUGCCAAUGUGUUGCCAAAUGAGACACCCCUUUAUGUGGUCAACCAUGGUGAAACUGGACCCAUUCGAUGCAACAGGUGCAAAGCUUAUAUGUGCCCCUUCAUGCAGUUCAUUGAGGGUGGAAGAAAAUAUCAGUGCGGAUUUUGUAACUGUGUGAAUGAUGUCCCUCCGUUCUAUUUUCAACAUCUGGACCAUGUUGGCAGAAGAAUAGACCACUACGAAAGGCCAGAGUUAUCUCUAGGAUCAUAUGAAUAUGUUGCUACUUUAGAUUAUUGCAAGAAUAAGAAGCCUCCACAGCUGCCAGCCUACAUAUUCAUGAUUGAUGUGUCAUACAAUAACAUAAAGAGUGGCCUUGUGAAACUCAUUUGCGAUGAACUGAAAACUGUACUGGAUAGACUUCCAAGGGAAGAACAAGAGGAGUCUUCAAGUAUCCGUGUUGGAUUUGUCACCUACAACAAAGUUCUCCAUUUCUUCAAUGUAAAGAGCAACCUUGCACAACCUCAGAUGAUGGUAGUCACUGAUGUUGGGGAAGUGUUUGUGCCUUUGCUUGAUGGUUUCCUUGUCAACUUUCAGGAGUCACGAUCUGUUAUAAAUAACUUGCUGGACCAGAUUCCAGAGAUGUUUACAGACACGAAUGAGAGUGAGACUGUCUUUGCUCCAGUGAUCCAGGCUGGCAUGGAAGCGCUAAAGGCGGCGGAGUGUGCUGGAAAACUGUUUAUCUUCCAUGCUUCUUUGCCGACUGCAGAAGCUCCAGGGAAGCUGAAGGGCAGGGAUGAUAGAAAAUUGGUCAAUACUGAGAAGGAAAAGACACUCUUCCAACCGCAGACAAAUAUUUAUGAGACCCUGGCCAAGGACUGUGUUGCUAAUGGCUGCUGUGUGGAUCUGUUCCUUUUCCCAAACCAGUAUGUUGAUGUAGCCUCCAUGGGUCUUGUUACUAUGCUCACUGGAGGAACUCUGUACAAAUACAGCAAUUUUCAGGUCCAUUCUGAUGGUCAUCAGUUUCUGAGUGACCUCAGGAAGAAUAUAGAAAAAACAAUGGGAUUUGAUGCAAUAAUGAGAGUUCGUACUAGCACAGGUUUCAGAGCCACAGACUUUUUGGGAGCCAUUUAUAUGAAUAACACCACAGAUGUUGAAAUGGCCGGAAUAGAUUGUGACAAAGCUGUGACUGUGGAGUUCAAGCAUGAUGAUAAAUUGAAUGAAGACAGUGGAGCAUUAAUCCAGUGUGCAGUCCUUUACACCUCCAUGAGUGGUCAAAGACGACUACGCAUUCAUAACAUUGGACUGAAUUGUAGCUCCCAGUUAGCUGAUGUCUACAAGAGCUGUGAAACUGAUGCUCUCAUAAACUUUUUUGCAAAAUCAGCAUACAAAGCCAUUCUCAGUCAACCACUGAAGACUGUCCGUGAGAUCUUGGUGAAUCAGACAGCCCGUAUGUUGGCGUGUUACAGAAAAAAUUGUGCUAGUCCAUCGGCUGUGAGCCAGCUAAUCCUUCCUGAUGCCAUGAAGGUGCUUCCAGUCUACAUGAAUUGCCUUCUGAAAAGCAGUGUUCUUAUAAGCAAGCCUGAGAUUCCAACAGAUGAAAGAACCUUCCACAGGCAGCUGGUGAUGUCAAUGGAUGUUGCCGGCACCCAGCUUUUAUUCUACCCACAGCUUCUGCCAAUUCACACUAUGGAUGUGAAUAGUGACACAUUCCCCUCUGCUGUUCGCUGCUCAGAAGAACGUCUGUCUGAAGGAGGGGUAUUCUUACUGGCAAAUGGAGUACAUAUGUUUUUGUGGCUGGGAGUCAGUGCUCCGCCAGACCUUAUCCAAGGGAUAUUUAAUGUACCAUCCUUUGCACACGUCAGCACAGAAGCUACACUCCUUCCUGAAGUAGAGAAUCCCUACUCAACAAAGCUGAGGUCAAUGAUAGAUCAUCUCCAGAGCAAGACACCUUAUACUAUGAAGAUCUUGAUUGUAAAGCAAAGAGAGCAGCCAGAGAUGGUUUUCCAACAAUUCUUGGUUGAAGAUAAGAAUAUUUAUGGAGGAGCUUCUUACGUGGAUUUCUUAUGUUGCGUUCAUAAAGAGAUCUGUCAGUUGCUCAGCUAAUGAAUACACGAAUAUUCAUUCAGGAAAGAUUUUACUCAAGUGACCAACCACCACAAGGUGCUUUUUAGUCUUACUUUUUUUGUACAGUUUCUAAUUUCAUAUCCUAGUGCCCUUUUCCAUAAUAAUGUAGCCCACCUACAUUUAUGUAGCAUAGGCAAAUCUGCGCGCUCAGGUAUAACUCCUAUGGGAGAGCCUUUACUGUUCUUUAAAAGGAUAGUUUCUUAUGAGAAAAUUUGGAAUCCUGGAAUCUCUCAAAGCUGAAAGCAUGUCGUUUUCAUUUCUUAAACUUUAAUAAAUUGUGAAGCAUUAAUAUCUGUAAUUUUUAUUACUCAUAUAAACAGCUAAUGUUCUAGUGA